AUGCAUCAGAUGAAGAAUCUGCCCCAGCAUGCAGAACGAGAGAAGAGCCUAGAGGUGCCUGGAGCCAUUACUCAAAUGUCAAAUCCCAAGUCUCCUUAUGGUAAAGACAAGAAAACGCAGCAAAUCCGAGCUUCAACUACCAAUUCUCCGGCAGACAAAAGCAAAAACAAAGGAGGAAAAGGAUCCAAGAAACAAGUGUUUGACUCUUACAUGACAGCUGAAGACGUUUCCCAUGGCCUGAAGAGAGGAGAGCUUAUUCAAGGACAACUAAGAAUCAACCCUAAGAAGUACCAGGAGGCUUUCAUCCCAUCUCCUGAUGACAUGCAAGAUAUAUUCCUGGAUGGGAUUGUAGCUCGCAACAGAGCGCUGAACGGAGAUGUUGUGGUGAUACAAGUCCUACCUCGAGAGCAGUGGAAGGUUGUGAGGUCAGACACUGACUGCGAGGGCGCCAGUGAGUCAGAGACACAGAGAGAACAUCUGGUGAAAACAAACCAGAAGAAGAAAGAGCACAGUCCCAGGCCUGAUGCUACUGUGGCCGAUCGCUGUAGGAACCAGGAUGAACUCUCAAGCAAGGUUCAGAAUAUUACCCUGACUGACACAGAUCCGUCAACCUCUCAGUCCAACAGGGAAAUACUCCAAAAGACUGCUAAAGUGGUCUACAUUGUUGAGAAGAAACACUUCAGAGCAGCGACAGGCUUCAUCAAGUUCCUACCAAACAAGCCCUUUGUCAUGUUUGCCCCUGUGGACCACCGGGUGCCUCGUAUUAACGUUCCCCUGGCUGACUGCCCUGCCGACUUUAGUUCCCGCUCGGGCGACUACAUUAACAUGUUGUUCAUCUGUCGCAUCACCAACUGGUCAGCCGACAGCAACUUCGCAGAAGGACGACUGGCUCAGACUCUGGGUCAAGCUGGAGAAAUCGAACCAGAGACAGAGGGCAUCCUGACGGAGUAUGAUGUGGAUUCUUCUGAGUUCUCAGAUAGCGUGUUGGACUGCCUGCCUAAGAACCUGCCCUGGACCAUCCCACCUGAGGAGAUGACGAAGAGGAGAGAUCUGAGGAACGAGUGUAUCUUCACAAUCGACCCUUCCACUGCCAGAGAUUUGGAUGAUGCUCUUUCCUGUAAACAACUCCCAGAUGGAAACUUUGAGAUGGGGGUUCACAUUGCUGACGUGAGCUAUUUUGUGGAGGAGGACAGUGCUCUGGAUGCGAUCGCCAGCCAAAGAGCAACUAGUGUGUAACUUGUUCAGAAGGUGAUCCCCAUGUUACCUCGGUUGCUCUGUGAGGAGCUGUGCAGUCUCAACCCUCUCACCGACAGACUUACUUUCUCUGUCAUUUGGAAAAUUACACCGAAGGGGAAGAUCCUGAGUGAGUGGUUUGGCCGCUCAGUGAUCCGUUCCUGUGUGAAAUUGAGUUAUGACCAUGCUCAGUGCAUGAUCGAGGCCCCUGAGAAAUUGUUCUCCGCUGGGGAGCUGCCACCUGUGGACCCUGUGCACCCCAUAGCUGAGAUCCACCAGGCUGUGCUCAACCUGCACUCUAUUGCCAAGAACCUCCGAGCUCAACGCUUCUCAGGCGGAGCCCUCAGACUCGACCAGAUGAAAGUUUCUUUCACCCUGAAUAGAGAGACCAUGAUGCCUCAGGGCUGCUAUGUGUAUCAGUACAGAGACAGUCAACAGUUGGUGGAAGAGUUCAUGCUACUGGCGAACAUCGCCACCUCCCACCACAUCUACCGUAUGAAAUACAGCACAGUGCUCAAGAAGCCCGAUGACAAAACACCAUAA